CCUCAGUGUCACCCGCGCUGUCACCCAGGUCGCUGCCACUCCCGAGGCCGUCGUCCCCCGGCGCGAUGACGUCACCCAACGGCGUGCUGGCACUGUCACCUGACCCGAUGACGUCACCCAACGGGGUGGUGCCGCUGUCACCUGACCCGAUGACGUCACCCGGCGGGUUGGUGGCACCGCCGAGGUCACCGACGUCACCCCCGGGGCCACCGCGGCUCUGGGGACAGAGGGCGGCGCUGGAGGCCAGCGCCAGGCCCCGCCCCCCGCGGCCGCUGUCCCCUCGCGGUGACACCAGCGAGGACGACGACGAGGCCGGCGCGGCGGGGCGGGUGACGGUGACACCGCGGGGACGUUACUUCGGCUACGCCCGCACCGUGGUGGCCCCGGCGCUGGCCCUGUCCCCGCUGUCCCCUUGUCCCCGCAUCCGGCAGCUGGACGGGGCCGACGACGGCGCCCGGGGGACAGCGGGGACAGAGGGGACAGCGGGGACAGGGCCACCCCCCGCCGAGGUGCCACCGCCCCCCGAGGGGCUGCCACCCGACAUCGUGGACUUUGUCCUGCGCGGUGUCACCGGCCACGGGGACAGCAACGGGGACACGGCCACCAACGGGGACACGGCUGCCACCAACGGGGACACGGCUGUCACCAACGGGGACAUGGCUGCCACCAACGGGGACAUGGCUGCCACCAACGGGGACAUGGCUGUCACCAAUGGGGACACGGCCGCCACCAACGGCGCCUGGCAGGGACAGCGGCUUGGGGACAUCGGUCAAGGCCACCGGCUUGGGGACAUCAGGCAGGGCCACCAGCUCGGGGACAUUGAUCAAAGCCACCAGCUCGGGGACAUCGCUGAGUGCCACCGGCUUGGGGACAUCAGGCAGGGACAGCGGCUUGGGGACAUUGAUCAAGGCCACCGGCUCGGGGACAUCAGUCAAAGCCACCAGCUCGGGGACAUCGCUCAGGGCCACCAGCUUGGAAACGCCCAAGGCCACCACCUCGGGGACAUCGGUCAAGGCCACCACCUCGGGGACAUCGGGCAGGGCCAGCAGCUCAGUGACGUCAUCCAGGGCCACCGCCUUGGGGACAUCGGUCAAGGCCACCAGCUUGGGGACAUCGGUCAAGGCCACCACCACGUCAGGAACGCGCAGGGCCACCACCCUGGGGACAUCGGUCAAGGCCACCACCCUGGGGACAUCGGUCAAGGCCACCACCCUGGGGACAUGGGCCAGGGCCAGCGGCAGCUUGGGGACAUCUCUCAGGGCCACCAGCUGGGUGCCACCGCCCCCAACGGCCACGGGGACGCCCUGGGGACACCUUGGGGACAUCCCAAGCGGCCGGGGGAGGGGACGGGGCCGGGGACGAAGAGACCGCGGCUGGAGCUGGACACGGGGGACAGCGGGCUGAAGGAGGAGCCGGAGGAGCUGAUGAGCGACAGCUGCGGGUCCCCGCCCGGUGACGUCACCGCGGAGCCGCCCUGGGCCGCCUGCGCAGGUGGGGGAGGGGCGGGGCCGUUUGGGGAGAAUCUGGGGG